AUGAACUCUCCUACAAGCAUGCCGGUCCCGUGCUGCGAAGCCGAUGCUCAAAUGUGCAUGGACAAGGAGGACCCGGACGGGGUUGCCGUGGAACACGAAAUGCAUCAGGAGGCGCACAGAGGAAGCGAGAGGAAGAGGAGCUUCACGUGGCAGGGCAAGUGGCCCUUCUACAAAUACCGAUGGUUGGUACGCGAGUACGUUGCCGAGUUCUUCGGAACGUUUUUUCUCGUCACCUUUGGAACCGGCGUCAUUGCGACGACUGUGUUUCACGCCGGUAACGCUGCCGUCUAUCAGUCCAACACGAGCUACAUGGAAAUCACCCUUGGCUGGGGCUUUGGGCUCACCAUCGGCCUUUUCCUGAGCAUGGCUGUGUCCGGUGGUCACCUGAACCCGGCCGUGACGCUAGCGAACUGUGUCUUUGGUGUCCUUCCCUGGAUUAAGCUACCAGGCUACUUUCUCGCCCAGUUCCUCGGAGCCUUGGCUGGUGCCGCGAACACUUACCUGCUCUUCAAAUCGCACUUUGACGUAGGCCAAAAGAACUUGCUUCCAAACGAAACGAUGGCAUCCAAGUACAGCGGUAUCUUCGCCACAUACCCUAAUGUUGCGAACACCUACGCGGCGUGGAGCGAGGUGUUCAACACCAUGGCACUCAUGAUGGGGAUUCUCGCCAUCACGGACCCUCGCAUGACUCCCGCUGUCAACUUCAAGCCGGUGGCUAUUGGGCUUCUCUUGUUUGUGAUUGGUAUCACGUCAGGCAUCAACUCUGCCUAUGGCCUCAACCCCGCACGCGAUUUUGCACCUCGGGUGUUCGCGGCCAUGCUUUGGGGCUCGGAGCCUUUCACGAUGCAUGGGUUCUACUUUUGGAUACCUUUAAUCGCACCGUUUAUUGGCGCCCUUCUCGGCAUGUUCUUUUACGUCUUUUUUAUCAUUCCGCCCAAUUUCUAG